ACGAUUAGACCGGCGAUCUGCCACCCAGGAUCUCCCUGGUUCUUGGCUCAGCUGUUGGAGAUUGGAAUUAACUCGACAUGGGCUCACAGCUUUGCCUUGAAUAUGAACCUUAGCUAUUUCUUUGUCAGAAGUGACCCACAACUUUGUAACCUUAUCUGAAACCAACCAAUGAAAUGCACCUCCCAUUAAACCUAAAACUCUGAACACUAUCCGCUUAUUCAUUCUAUGCUGCCAAUACAAUGACUAGAAAAUAUGGCUUUCCAUAUUGAAUCCACACAACCCAAUAACUCCACUAAGCUAUGGCCCAUUCAAUAACCCCAGUACCAGCAGCGGCAAUACCCAUCUCAACAAGCGCUAAGAAUAAGACCCCUUUGCCAUUUUUAGGGUUUCAAAGAAACUGGAGUGCCCAUCAAGGUUCCACUCAAGAUGUACAAGAUAGAACCAUCGACAGAAGGGUUUUCCUAUGGGGCAUAACUGGAACAGUGCUGAGCUUGAAUGCAGGUGUUCAAAGUGCAAGCGCAGCCAAGAGGCCUCCACCGCCUCCACCACAGGAGAAGAAGGAUCCUAAUGUGAGUGGUGUUCAGGCAAAGGUUCUUGCUAGCAUAAAGAGGAAAGAAGCCAUGAAAGAAGCAAUGGCCAAAUUAAGAGGGAAAGGAAAAUCCAUUAACCUGCAACCCUCGGAAUAAGCUAGACAAGAACUAUAUAUAUAGACUGAGUUCUUGUAUUCCCACUACAUUGUGGUUUAUUUGAUCCUUCUAUGAGGAGGGAACUGUUUGUGAAGACCUUAAAACAGAAUUGUCAAGGCUCUUCAUUUUAUUUUCCUUUAUUUGGAUUUUGGCAUUUUCACUCACUGUAAGGUAAUGUUGGGAGUAACUUAUAAAUCAAGUUACAAGAAGCUACGAGAAAUAAGGAGAACAUGUUACAAUCUCAA